AUGCAUCAUCGGCCACACCCGACGGUCCGCUCAUCGAGUUCUAUAUCAACAUAUGCCGCCCAAACUGGCAGUCCUCGAAUUACACCAUUGCUACCGUCUGCCGCAAUGACCUAUCCCAAGACGGUGCCUCCACUGGACGAGCCCUUACCGCCUCAUGACAAACCUCCCACUGUUUGCGGGAUGCCUCUGAAAUAUGUUUCCCUCGUCACCCUUGCCGUUCAAAACGCAGCAUUAUCAAUAGUAAUGCACCACUCGCGCGUGUCGACCCCCCCAUCCCAGGCCUACUCUCCUGCCCUCGCUGUUCUCCUCAACGAGUUGCUCAAAGGGUCGAUUUCAUUCCUCAUCGCACUUGCUCGCGUACCACAGGUCGCUGAACGACCGUGGAGACAUAUGACCAUGCGCUCUAUCAUUCGUGAACUUCCCUACCCGUGGACAGCGCCGUUUUGGUAUUUGUGUGGCGAGAUACUGGGUCCAGACUGUUGGAAGCUCUCGAUUCCGGCUAUCCUCUACGUCGUUCAGAAUUCCCUACAAUUUGUCGCCAUCAGCAAUCUUCCCGUCGCCUCUUUCCAGGUCACAUACCAGAUGAAGAUCCUUACAACGGCCGCCUUUUCCGUGUCUCUGCUUGGCAUGAAGCUCACAUCGACCAAGUGGCUCUCGCUCUUUGUCCUCGCUAUCGGUGUUGCUAUUGUCCAAAUACAAACCUCAAGUAUCGACCAUGUCCGCCGAAACGUUGCAGUUGGAAGCGCACACGACUCUGCACCACUUCAUAUUCAUGUCAUGAGUCCUCUCAAGGGUUUUGGCGCCGUUACGGCAGCGUGUUUUACCUCCGGACUGGCGGGAGUUUACUUCGAAAUGGUCUUGAAGAACUCACGGGCAGACCUUUGGGUCCGGAACGUGCAACUAUCGCUCUUCUCGCUCAUUCCCGCCCUUCUCCCAGUUCUAUACUCGUCCUCUACACCACCACAUGUCUCGAGUGGGUUUUUGCACAGUAUAUUCCGCAACUUUGGGUCGUGGGCGUGGGCAACGGUGACAAUUCAAGUAAUCGGCGGCUUGGUCACGGCAAUUGUCAUCCAGACCUCGAGUAAUAUCCUCAAGGGAUUUGCAACAUCUCUUUCGAUCAUUUUAUCGUUCCUCGCGUCGGUGGCCCUCUUCAACUUCCGCAUCACCCCUUCUUUCAUCAUCGGGUCGACCGCUGUGCUUGUAGCCACCUGGAUGUACAACCAGCCAGCAGGAAAGGAGCAAUUGUUUGUUGUUGGGACUUCUGGGAAGUCGACGCCAUUUCCUGGAACACCGAUUGACCAGUCAGAACCAAUAAUCGGACAUUUCCCGAGCAAGAGCAAACGCGACAGCUCCCCGCGAUUGUUCGGGAUCAGCAAAAGCUCGUCAACACUCAAUGCUUCGCCUUGGGGGUCUAUGGAGGACUUGCGGAGCGGUGCAUCCUCGUUAUAUCCCACUCCACAUCCUUCACGACCUGUCUCGCCACAACCACCCCCAAGUCCACGACUUUCCCAGUCGAGCACAUGA